AUGCGUAAUAUCAGUGGAUCGGUCUUCGGUACAAGAACUGUGCUCAUAACGAUGUCUUGGAUCCCUGUAAUGUUGGCCAUCAACAAAAAUGUAUGUUAUGUAGCUAAGAUAGAGGGCACUUCGAUGAGACCGACUCUGAACCCGGACGAAAUAACACAUACAGACUGGGUUUUGCUGUGGAAGUGGGGAGCCAAAAACGCGGCAAACCUGCGUCACAACGACGUGGUGCUUUUCAAAGCGCCAACAAAUCCAAAGGCGGUGUACUGCAAGCGUGUGAAAGGCGUGCAAUACGACACAGUGCAAACGCGCCAUCCAUAUCCACGAGAUAUCGCCAGCAUACCGCGUAGUCAUAUCUGGGUCGAGGGCGACAAUGCAUUUCACUCCACAGACUCAAACAAUUUUGGUCCGGUGUCAACCGGACUUGUGCUAGGAAAAGCCGUAGCCAUUAUUUGGCCUCCUACACGUUGGAGCUCAAGUUUGAGCAAGAGUUUGGGACGGGAAGAUAUAAGAGUUAAUCACUUCGAACUAUAG